AUGGAAAACGCAUCAGUCGUCCAAGACCUAGUGAAAACCGAAAAGAAACUCUUCAAGGAUGUGGAUGAUGCCACUCUUAGUGCAGCCCAGGCGGAGAUACACGCUAGAAAAACAGUGCUAGAAUACCAGGACAUGGUGUCGACCGGUACAGCAGGAGAGCAUGCCCUUGAGCUGUUCAAGAAUGCAGCCGAACAAGCCGUACUAGAUCGUGAUACGGCACGAGAGAAGAGGGACAGAUUGACUGCAUCAGUUGAGGAGGUACUGGCGCAUCCAGAACUCAGGCCCCGCGUACCUGCUGGCACAGACAUCAACGAACAGCGACUGACUAUUAUCAACAACGCCACCAAGUCGCUUCAGGAUCGACUACAGAGUAUCGCCAAGCAAAAGUAA